AUGCAGUCACCUGCAGUCACCCGCAUAGAAGCCGUAAUCAAUACAAGACCGUUGGUAAAAUUACCUUCAACGGACAUCUCGGAUAUACCACUUCGGCCCGUCGACUUUCUACAGGGAAACCUGGCGUACAGCAUACCGAAUGUCGGCUUGUCCACGGAACGCGACAACUCGUAUGAUCCUGACCUAAUUCAAACUGCGCUACAAGCAAGAGAAGCUUUGGAAUAUUCAGAGACCGUAGCCAACAAAUUCUGGGAAAGGUGGAAUACCGAGUACCUGACAAUGCUUCGUGAAAUUCAGCAAUCCGAACUUCGUCAAUCCAGACAUACCGCCCUAAGAGACCCCAUCGUCGGUGAGAUAGUCUUAAUACAACAAGAUUUCAUACCACGCAAUUGGUCUUACGGCAAAAUCGUUGAACUUUUGCGAAGCCAGGACGGUCAGGUUCGAUCUGUCAAGUUACAGCUACCGAACAGGCACAUUCUACAUCGUCCACUAACGAAAAUCUAUCCGUUAGAGCUUAGAAACACACCAAUCAACGACAAUCCCAUCGAAGAAAUACAAGAUAAUGCUCCAGAAACAGCGAUGAGACCUCUACGGCAAGCUAGAGUAAGAACUCUACAAGCAAUUCAAGAGUUUGAAGAAAGUUUAGAGGAGACUAACACACCACGCGCUUCCCAAUACAUCAGUUUAGGAACAUAUCCACUCUUACUCACACUUUUCCUAACCAUCAUAAGCGCGGCAAAUGCAACGCAAAGCGCACUGCAUUGCCUUAAUGGUACAGUGAAUAUAACUUCACCGAAAGAGCAGUUCGAGCUUUGCAUAGCGCAAUCAGAUGUCAUCAAGCAGGGUCUUGCACAGAACAAAUAUGCGCGAACCUCAAAGCUAAUGGAACGGUACAGGAGCUUGAGCGUCAACACGCAGAAGAAUAUCCAGGGUACUCAGGAUGUGAAAGAGCCUGUGGGUAGCAUCCAAACAGAUGAUAUUGCUACCCUAUGUAACACAAAAGAAAUCGAGUUCACAGCCAUAUCAGUGCACAAACCGGCACUCCCCGUACUUCAAAGGCGCUUCGCUAUCUCUAACAAUACCGUAUUAGCAAUUCCAGAAGGCUAUAAACUACCGGUCGAAUGUUCAUCCCCAGCUAAUGCAUUGUCAGACUUCAGAUCCUGUGCAAAUCGCAUGAUAUGUGCAUGCAGAGGAACAAACCCGCCAACCCGAUGCGAUUGCCCAAAUGAGAACAUACAGGAUAUCAAAGCAGAUGCAUCAAACAAGCUGCCUACAAUAACACCAUUCUCACAAACAUUCGUCUAUGAUAACAGCAUCGUGACAAGUACACAGGAGGCUGAGGUCACAAUAAAAAUCGAGUCGAAACUGCUCUUAGACUCGGGGCAUUACACGUUAGAUCAGGAAUGCCAAGCCUCAGUCACUAAUGUGACAGGAUGUUACGACUGCCAAGAAGGCGCAACUAUAUCCAUAUCAUGUCUAACCGAAAUCGACGCUUGGCUGACCAUAAGAUGCGGUGCGCACACUUUCCCAGUCGAAUGCGGCGCAAAAACCAUGCAAUCAAAAGUUAUAUUGGAUUACGAUCGCGCUAUCGUAGAGGAGAAAUGCACAGCAGCUUGUAAGGGAAAACAGAUCGAAAUUGAUCUAGCGGGCCACCUCGAAUACAUGCCCAAACACUUGGAGGCGCCGUCGUUUGAGACUGAUGGGGACUUCACAUGGCAUCAGAAACUGGACUGGUUUAGCGAUAUCAAAAUACCAGACCUUAAGCCACUUAUGAAAUUGGUAGCGCAACACUGGAAACUAACUCUGGCAACGGACCAUGGAGCAAAAGAUCGACUUCCUCCUUCAAUCAUUCGAACAGCGCAUGGAAUCCACUGUCCAGAGAUUGGAGGUACGUCUAAGAUCAUACGAUCAGGCGCUCGACACGCUUCUAGACCGUUCAAAGCCACGCUCCAACUGCGCCUUCUGCCCCUACGAGGACAAUCGCGACGCUCACCCCACGGGAAGAUGCUUAAGAUACCCCGACGCAGUGGCAAGAGCGGUGCAGGCCAACGUUUUGGGCCUUUGCAACAAGUGCCUACAACCACGCCAUGGCCAGGACUGUGGAGUGAAGUGCUCCAUUUGCACCGCGGACCACAACAUGCUCCUGUGCCCGUCGCGUGGCACAUCCAACGCUUGCAAGCGCAGAAAGAUUUGAAUUGA